CAGUGUUAUUUUGCUUGGUGAAAAGAGGGUACCAGGACAGUUGGUUGUAAGGUUACUUGAAAACUGCUCUAGUAGUACUAACAGUAUCGACGCUGACCUUUGAAAAGGAGUAAGGUAUUCUUUUUACCUGAGUACCUGAAUAACCAAAAACUCUUAGGCAGCGGGCGACGGACGCCCACCGACGCCAUGGCGACCUUUGUGCUAUACGAGUCAGCGGUGGGUUAUGGGCUGUUCGAGGUCACUGAGUUCGAUGAGAUUGGCCAGGCUGUCGACAAGGUGCAGGAGGCCGUCAGCGACCUGGCCCGGUUUGGACGUAUCGUUAAAAUGACUGCCUUCAAGCCAUUCCCGUCAGCAGCGGACUCGCUGGAGCAGAUCAAUGCGAUUUCCGAAGCACAGCUAACGGAAGAGCUGAAGAACUUCUUGGAGCAAAACCUGCCAAAGGUUAAGGAGGGCAAGAAGCCUAAGUUUAAGCUCGGAGUUUUCGAGCCCAAGCUGGGCAGCAUUAUCCAGGAGACGACAAACAUCCCAUGCAUCAGCAACGAUGUUGUGGGCGAGGUCAUUCGCGGCAUCCGCGCGAACCUGGCCCGCUUUGUCAGCGUGCCAGAGACGGACAUGAAGCGCGCGCAGCUGGGUCUGGCGCACUCUUACUCGCGCGCCAAGGUGAAGUUCAACGUCAACAAGGUGGACAACAUGAUCAUUCAGGCCAUCGCCCUGCUUGACACCCUCGACAAGGACAUCAACACCUUCGUCAUGCGCGUGCGCGAGUGGUACUCGUGGCACUUCCCAGAGCUGGUGAAGAUUGUCAACGACAACUAUCAGUACGCUCGGCUGGCGCUGGUGGUGAAGGACAAGUCCGCGCUGUCGGAGGAGCACCUGCCCGCCAUGGCGGAGAUCUUGGGCGAGGAGGCCAAGGCCAAGGAGAUCCUUGACGCCGCCCGUUCCUCCAUGGGCCAGGACAUCUCCCCCAUCGACCUGCUCAACAUUGAGGUGUUUGCGCAGCGUGUGAUCAAGCUGGCGGAAUACCGCCAGAAGCUGCACACCUACCUGCUCGACAAGAUGCACGCCGUGGCGCCCAACCUGUCGGCGCUCAUUGGCGAGACGGUGGGCGCGCGCCUGAUCAGCCACGCCGGCAGCCUCACCAACCUGGCCAAGUACCCCGCCUCCACCGUGCAGAUCCUGGGAGCGGAGAAGGCGCUGUUCAGGGCGCUCAAGACCAAGGGGAACACGCCCAAGUACGGCCUCAUCUUCCACUCAUCCUUCAUCGGCCGCGCCAAGCAGCGCAACAAGGGCCGCAUCUCGCGCUACCUGGCCAACAAGUGCUCCAUCGCCUCCCGCAUCGACUGCUUCAUGGACUCCGCCACCAGCGUGUUCGGAGAGAAGAUGCGCGAGCAGGUUGAGGAGCGGUUGCGGUUCUACGAGGAGGGAGUGGCGCCGCGCAAGAACUCCAACGUGAUGGGAGAGGCCAUGGAGGUCGUGAAGACGCAGCUGGAGACGGAGGCGAAGGAGGAGGACGGCGACAAGAAGAAGAAGAAGGAGAAGAAGGAGAAGCGGAAGCGCGAGGAGGAGGCGCCGGAGGAGGAGCCCGCGGCGGAGGACGGUGUUAAGGAGAAGAAGAAGAAGGACAAGAAGAAGGGGCAAGCGGAGGAGGCGGCACCAGCGGCCGAUGGCGAAAAGAAGAAGAAGAAGAAGGCCAAGGAGUAAAUGGCUGCUACAAGGCCUUCCCAUGUAAUUGUUGUUGACCUUUAUGACUUGACGGCGACUCGCCAACUGAUAGACAGCCUUUGCGAACUCUUAUCUGCACCAACCGGCGUUGGUGUAGUGUACGGACGUGUCCGCUAUGUUCUCUGACUUCAUGACUGAUUUCGUUGUUUGCCGUACUGGUCAGAUGUGCCGUACUGGCCUGACACGGGUUAUUAGAGGGUAGAAGUCUCUGCGUGUAACGUGAUACAGUUAGAUUUUGUUACGGGGGCCCAUAUUGAUGCGGUGCUAGUGUGGUAGGACUUAUAAGAUGCAUUAGGAGACCCAAAGAUGCAGGUGCUUAGUAGGCCAGUAACAUGGCAGAUUCACCCGACGGAAUUGUGCGCACCUAUGCUGCUAAGCAUAGAUACCGUGGGCACCUAAGACGUAUAAGCCCC